UAUGUAAGUUUAAUCUAUUUAUGAUUGUAAUAGAACUAUUUAAGUUAGCAGAAAAGAGAAAUAAACUCUUAACUCAUCUCUAUUUUCAGUUUUUAACGGUAUUAAAACCAACACAAAGGUUAUGUCAAUUAGUCAAAGUGUCUCACGCUAAGCAGUUUUACUCUUCUCGUCUUCAAUGAUCAACCAUAUCGUUGAAUCUCUUCAGCAGAUUGAAGAUCAAUGGGGUUUAGAUAUACCGGAGACUGCAGAGGAUCGAAUCAAGUUCCUUAAAAGGGAGUUCAAAUUUCUUGAUUUUUUCCACAGCUUACAGAGCUUCACAGAGUUAUCAUACAUGCUUGAUGUCAUACAUGAAGUUCAAGGUCUGUUUCAAUAUGCUGUCGUUGGACUCGGAAAGAUCAGCGUGAUGGAGGACGUUGAUCACUUUACCGAUGAAAUGCAAGUCAAGAUUGGUAUGACUAAGUUGGAAAUAAGAUCUAAAUACUUAUUUCCAAAAGUCAACAAGGAUGGUAUUGCUGUUGUUUGCCCAAAAUUUGUAAUUGAUUUGAUUGAUACUGUUGUGGUGAAUCUAGGUGAUUUACUGAAAGUUUAUUGUUCUAGUUCACUACUUUUUGUUCCUGGACCCAAGAAAGAAAUCGCCGAUGUUUUUAAGGAGUUGAAGCUACUGAGAAAUUUCGUAUGCUUUGUUUCGGAAAGCAAACAUACUGAUUUCUUCACUUAUGUAAUAGAGGUGGUUAGCCAUGCAGGAAUGGUUGCCUGGUUGUAUCUCCCAAGUAAUGGUAAGGGUGAAAAUCAAGAAAUAAAUUAUCUGCUUUCUGAACAUCUACAGAUGAAGAUUAAGCCCAUUGAUCCAAGCAUCCGCAAGAUGUAUAUUGAUGUGCUUCUAGCUCUACGAUCAAAAUGGCAUCCGAAUAUCCAAAUUGAGCAUGUAUCUGGUUUUGUGGAGACUCUUAAACACAACUUGAAGGCGCUACCGAUUAGUAAUCACAUUACUCAUCAAAUAGCAGCCCUUCAGGAGAUGCUCAACUUCUUAAUUGCCAAUCUGUUCGUACAAAAUUUGGAAUUUCACCUUCAAGAUAUUGACUCUGUGUUGAUUGAUUCUGGACUUCUCAUUUACUCGUUACAUGAAGAUGUGACCUUAGGGGAAGUGACUAUUGAUUUGCCAGGUACCAUUCAGCACAUUAAGACAGUGAUCUACCACAUCAUCCGGAAGGACUUUCAAUCUAAUUUGCCAAGGAUUCAUGGACUAGGCUAUGUUGAUUUCGUCUUGGAUAACCUAAAGGAGUUCCAAGACCGCUAUCCAGAUUCACUGGCUUUAGUCAAGACUCAGCUUCAAAUGAUUCAAACUGAACUAGAAGGCUUGCAACCUUUUCUGAGGUCUGUUGCAGAACAGCAAUACAAUUUUCACGAUGAACUUCAGAAUUCUGUGGCACUACUGAUUGGUAAAGCAUAUGAGGUAGAAUAUAUUGUUGAUGCUUGUUUGAGCAAAAAAUUUCCUGGAUGGUGUCUCGAACUUUGGAUUGUGGACAUCAUAAUGGACAUUAGAGCUGAGGUAGCAGAGAUACAACAAAAGAAAAUGGUUAGACUUGAUGUAGUGUCACCUUAUACCAUUGCUACUGAUACUUCCUUUACAUCUGGGAUCUAUGAAAAAGUUGUAGGCUUUGAGGAUGAGAUCGGAACACUAAGACACCAACUAACAGGGGGAUCCAGAAAGCUAAACAUUAUCUCAAUUGUUGGUAUGCCUGGAGCUGGAAAGACGACUUUGGCCAAAAGACUCUAUUUUGACAAAUUAGUUGUCUCUUACUUUGAUAUUCGUGCACGAUGCCAUGUUUCUCCAGUAUAUUCACAGAGGGGCCUGUUACUGUCUCUUCUGGCGAUGCUACAUGUUUCUACUGAUGAGACCUCACUUCUUAGUAAAAGGACUGAUGAAUUAAGAGACGCCCUUCACAGAAUUUUAUGUGUCAAAAGAUAUUUUAUCCUCCUUGAUGAUGUAUGGGAUCACAGGGCAUGGGAUGAUUUAAGACGUUGCUUCCCUGAUAACAAUACCAGAAGUAGAAUUCUUCUUACAACGAGAAAUAAUGAUGUUGCCUACAAUGUUAAAUCAGUUAGUGAACCACUUUUUCUUCGCUUCUUGACCUAUGAAGAAAGUUGGGACCUACUAAAACUAAAAGUGUUUGGCAAUGAAAGUUGUUCUCCUCUCCUUGAAACAGUUGGACAAAAAAUAGCAAGAAAGUGUGAAGGUCUGCCUCUGUCAAUUGUUUUGGUGUCUGGUGUUCUGUCAAAGAUGGAGAAGACAGAAGAAUGUUGGAGUCAAGUGGCUAAGGAUUUAGGUUCCUACAUUGGCAGUGAGACAAAGGCUAUUAUUGAAAAAAGUUAUCAGCAUUUGCCCUAUCAUCUGAAGCCUUGCAUCCUAUAUUUUGGAACAUUUUUAGAGGAUGAGGAAAUCAACGUUUCAAAGUUAACAUGGUUGUGGACUGGAGAAGGAUUUGUAAAGCAUCUCGAAGGCGGAAGUUUGCAGAACAUAGCAAAAACUUACUUGGAGGAUCUUAUUUCUAGAAACCUAGUGAUGAAUGCUAAGAAUAGUUCUGAUGGUAAGGUUAAAUCAUGUCGCAUUCAUGGUCUAUUGCUUGAUUUCUGCAAGAUAAAAGCAAAGGAAGAGCACUUUCUACUAUGGAUAAAACGGGAUGGAAACGACAAGUCUUCAUCAGGUAUAUCCACUCAGAAGCAGCUUGCACAACGUCGUCUGGUCUUAUAUUGUAAAGAGGAGAAUGUUGUAGAAUGGAAUUCGCAUGGCUCACCUGUUGACUCUGUACUUUACAGAGAAGACAAAACAACGAACUUUUCUAGUGGUCAAGUCUCUCGAAUUUUUCACAACUUCAAGUGUCUUAAAGUGUUGGAUUUGGAGUCCAUCAUUAUCUAUUCCUUCCCGACGGUGUUAAUUUACUUGCGCUAUUUUGCUGCACAAGUUGCUCAGGAUUCAAUUAGCUCACUCAUAGUCAAUCUUUGGAACCUUGAAACUUUGAUACUCAAGCCAACAAAAGGAAAGUUGAAACUGCCCAUUACAAUUUUGAAGAUGGUUAAAUUGAGAUAUGUGUGCAUCGAUAACUGUUAUUUCACCUUAAAUGGUGAGGAAGGACUACUUGAUAAGUUGGAAGUUCUUUCCGCCCCAUGUUUUUCAUGUACAAAGGAUGUGGAACUGCUAUUGCAAAAAACACCAUAUCUUCGCGAACUGAGAUGCUCAUUUGUGGAUUUUAGACAAGAAAUUUUCCCUAAAUUGGAUCCCCUAACACGGCUUGAGACAGUCGAGAUUCAUUUAGCAGCAGAUUCAAUGGUAGGUGGUCCAUACAACUUCCCAGAAAAUCUCAGAAAUUUGACACUAUCCAAUUUUUCCCUAGGCAGUUGUCACAAAUCCAACAUUUCAAAGCUUCCCAACCUUCGUGUACUGAAACUAGUAUCAAUUUUCUUUGACAAUGACGAGUGGGAAGUGAGACAUGACGAAUUCCCUAAACUCAAAGUUUUGAAGCUAGUAAAAUGUGAAUUUUUUGAUGAAUGGAAAGGUCCGGAUGAUAAUGCCUUUCCUGUGCUUGAACAUUUGGUAUUGGAUGAAUGUCCAUAUCUUAAGGAGAUUCCUACUUAUUUUAAUGACACCGGUAGUCUAAAGUCCAUCAAGAUAAAGUCAUGCAGCGAAUUUGUUGAGCGGUUGGCCAAAAAAAUCAAACAAGAACAGGAGGAAGUUUAUGGGAAUGACGAUCUCAAGGUCUUCAUCCAGAGGGGGAAAAGGGACAGGUUAUCAGAUGAUGAAAUCACUAGUGGCCCUGCACUAAAGGCAUCUGUUGUGGCCCUUCCAUUGCCAAGUGACAAGGAGCCUGUCAAAGUAAGUGUGUUUGAAAUGGAAGUAUGUGUGCCACUCUGGGGUUCUGUAUCUAUCUGUGGAAAGAGAGCACAUAUGGAGGAUGCUCUUGUGGCUGUUCCUAAUUUUAUGAAAAUUCCUAUCAAGAUGCUUAUCGGUGAUCGUGUGAUUGAUGGACUGAGUCAAAAUUUGAGUCACCUGACAUCUCAUUUUUACGGAGUAUAUGAUGGUCAUGGAGGAUCUCAGGUUGCGGAUUAUUGCCGUAAACGUGUUCAUCUAGCAUUAGUUGAGGAGUUAAAACUUUCCGAAGAUGAUUUGGUGGAUGGAAGUGCAAGGGAUACCCGUCAGGUGCAGUGGGAGAAGAUCUUUACUAAUUGCUUUCUCAAGGUUGACGAUGAAGUUGGGGGAAAGGUGAACAUAGAUCUCUGUGAUGACAACGUAAAUACCUCUAGCGGCACCUCUGAACCUAUUGCCCCAGAAACUGUUGGGUCCACUGCGGUUGUAGCGGUCAUUUGUUCAUCUCAUAUUAUAGUUGCUAACUGUGGGGAUUCACGAGCAGUCCUUUGUCGUGGCAAAGAAGCAGUGGCACUGUCAAUCGAUCACAAGCCAAGCAGAGACGAUGAGUAUGCCAGAAUUGAAGCAUCUGUUGGGAAGAUCAUUCAGUGGGAUGGAUAUCGUGUAUUUGGCAUUCUUGCAAUUUCAAGAUCUAUAGGUGCCAGAUAUUUGAAACCAUGGAUUAUACCGAAACCAGAAGUUAUGUUUGUACCACGUGUUAGAGAAGAUGAAUGCCUAGUUUUAGCCAGUGACGGGUUGUGGGAUGUCAUGACAAAUGAGGAAGUUUGUAAAGCUGCUAGACAACGAAUUCUGCUGUGGCACAAAGAGAAUGGGACUAACCCUCUGGCGAAAAGGAGCCAGGGAGUGGAUCCUGCUGCACAAGCAGCAGCAGAGUAUCUUUCAUCGAUGGCUCUUCAAAAAGGUAGCAAAGACAAUAUUUCUGUGACUGUGGUGGACCUUAAAUCCCACAGGAAGUUCAAGAGCAAAAGUUGGAGAUGACAUUGUGGUUUAGUAUAAUUUUGUACACGACAACGGAUAUGAUCUCAUUAUUAUCUAGCUCGGUCCGUUCAUUUUUUCCUAAGGGCUUAAUGUGUGUGAGAAUAGUAUUUUAGCAUGUAUUAUAGAAGAACAGUUAACAAAUGACGUUUAUCCAACUUUUUGGUGUUGUUGCACCAGAAAAUGGCUAUGUAAAUUGAGCAUGUUGUAGCAAUAUCAGAGGUGCAAUAUCUUUUUUCUUGUCAAAAAGAAAGGCAAGAAGAACAGUAAAGGCUACAAGCUGAAACUUUAGUAUAAAUGCAGCUGUAAAUUUAUCCAACUUUUUGGUGUUGUUGCACCAGAAAAUGGCUAUGUAAAUUGAGCAUGUUGUAGCAA